AUGGCCGCAGUAGACGUCAUCCACCGAAGCAGCAAGCCGCUGCCCACGCCUCGCCUGGGCGGGAACCGGAAGCCCAUCUCACGUCCUCGCAAGGCCUACAUCGAGGCUGAUGAGGAGGACCAAGAUGACGCUGCCUCGCUCGCUGCUAGCGAAGACGCCGAGGCUGCUGAUGCCUUUACCCUCGUCCCUCACGUUGCUGAGCAGACCCUUCAUGCCGUGCACAGCGCCAUCUUCGGUCAGCCCUGGGCUGAUCUCGAGCUGGUCGUCAGUGUCGGCGGCAAGAGGGAGGAGGUGAUCUACGCCAACUCCAAGGUGCUCAAGAAGGCCUGCCCCGCUCUGAUGCGCCAGAUCAGCCAGACCGGACGUGCUGAGCUCGACACUAUGGAGCAGGAGCAGAUGGCCGCUGCCGCCGCUGCCCAGGGCAAGAACGCUCCCGCUGUGAAGCGUGAGGUCCGACCUCAGGCCAGCCGCCGAUCCACCAGCAGCCUCGGUCUGGUCGACUACCGCCGCACCUCGCGUGUUGGUGCUCUCAGCGACUCUGACGAGUCGGCUGAUGAGAUCGAGCGUGCCGACAAGCACCAGGACAAGGUUCAUGAGGAGGAGUACGCCGACUCGGUUGCCGAGCAGCCCAAGCACUUCGAUGAGCACGACGACGGCCCGCAGCAGGACAACGACUUCUUCGGUGACGAUGACGAGGUUUCGCCCGUCGGCUCCAGGUCCAAGGUCGCUGGUACUGCGCCCGCCCUUCGUCAGGCCGCUCCCGAAGUGAUUGUUCCUCCCACCUUUUCUCGCUCCUCGUCGCGAUUCGGCAAGCUGAUGAAGUUCAUGAACAAGGACAAGUCCUCGCCCACCGCCGAGCUCGAGCAGGAGAUCCCGUUCACACCGGUCGGCAAUGCUACGCACACCGACUAUGCCAGCGAGAACAGGGGUCGCGUGCGCCGCUACAGCGCUGCCAACACCCUCACCUCGGCACCUGCUGCUCCUCGCGGGUCGAACGCCGCACGCGUGGCUGUCACCGGAUGCUCGCCUGCCACCCUCCAGGCUCUCAUCUUCUACCUCUACACCGGCCAUGCCACUUUCGCUUCUCGUCUUCCUGCCCCUUCCAGCCGUCGUUAUCGUCCGACUCGUCGCGACUCUUCCUCAUCUGCCUCUCUUCACUCUGGUGCCUCGUCCAUCCAGGGCAGCGAUGAGGACGUUGAAGCAGCACCUGCCGCGCGCGUCUCCAAGUCGCCCAGCUUCCCACCCGUCUUCUCCGCCACGGCCGCCUACUGCGUCGGUCGCCAGCUCGGUCUCCGCGAUCUGGCCACCAAGGCGUUCGACCACAUCUGCCUCGAGCUCUCGCCCAAGACGGUGCUCGCCGACCUGCUGAGCCCCUUUGUCGACCGCUUCGACGAGGUGCAGCGCGCCCACCUCGCCUACAUCGCCGAGAACUGGGACCGCGUCAAGCGCCGUCCCGACUUCGAGCACACCGUAGGCCGCUUGGUCAUGGGCGAGUACCGCGAGUCCCGGAAGGCGCUGCUUAAGCUCUUCGCCAAACUCUCGGUCGCCUAA